UGGCGAUUGAUGAAGCGGGUAGGAGAUCAACUUUGGCCGGGAACAACCAUAGCUGAAUUUCGGUUUUAGAGAGAAUAAACCGUUAGUUAUCGAUUGUCUAAUUCCUUAAUGUUUAGCCACCUAUAUCAUUGUCAUUCGUGAGUGUAAAUUACGCAACGUGAUCGAAUAAUUACAGUGCAUGAGCUUCCUUCCUUGCGACCAAACUGCAGACAGUGUCCGUCCUGAGAAGAGCGGAGAAAGUUUAUUACGGAUCUGACUCAGCCAUUUGACACAGAUUUGUGAGAUUAUUUGGUGUAACUAAAACAGCAGACAUUAAACAGGUUAUCAUUAGCCCAGAGGUUCACAUGCCAAGAAAGCGAGGAGGAGGAGGGGCAGGAAGUGGAGCCAGAGGGGACACACUCAGGGCAAUCGGUCUGGAACACGCAGCAUACGCUCUUAAAGAUGCCUGUGACUUAAGAACCUGUGGAUGAGGACAUCGCUGGAAUACCUCAGAAUUUGGGAAUAACCAAACGGACAGUACGGACAGACGCUGAGCACCAAGGAUGACGAGCGCUGCCCCGGCCAGGAAGCCGUACCGCAAGGCUCCGCCUCAGCACCGCGAGACGCGCAACAGCUUGCCCUCGUUCCUAGAGGACCUUAGUGGGAGCACGCCACCUGCGCCUGCCCACACCGCUGGCCCCAACCCUCCUGACUCCUGCCAGGACUCCUUAUCAGAUGCAGACAGGAUCAAGAUCCUGCAGCAGCAGAAUGAAGACCUUCGCCGGCGGCUCUCCCACACCACCCACAAGAUGGAGGCCAUGGAGACGGAGUUUGAGACCAGCCGCCACUACAUGCAGGGGGAGAUGGGUCGCACGCGCGACGACCUGGAGAAGAUGAGAGACAAAUUCCGCAGACUGCAGAACAGCUACACUGCCUCCCAGAGGGCCAACCAGGACUUGGAGGAGAAGCUUCAUUCCCUGGCUGCUAUCAGUCAAACCUGGGUCUACGCACUCCGUAAGGUGGAGAGGGACAAGAAGACCAUGGACCAGGAGAUAGUGGAGCUCACCAACAAACUCCUGGACGCCAAGAACACCAUUGACAAGCUGGAGGAGUUGAACGAGCGCUAUCGGCAAGAUUGCAAUUUGGCCGUGCAGCUUUUGAAGUGCAAUAAGUCCCAUUUCAGAAACCACAAGUUUGCAGAUCUGCCCUAUGAGCUGCAGGACAUGGUGAACAAGCACAUGAAGGCCAGUCUGCCAGAUAAGAGUUCCCAGGGCCAGGACUCCGACACCAUGAGCCUGACGCCUGCCGACGUGGUGCCCACCUCAGUCAUCGCCCGCGUACUGGAGAAGCCUGAGCCUCUGGUGCUCAACUCUGCCCAGUCCAGCAGCAGCGCAGGCCGGCCCCAGGCAGAGGACGUGUUUGUGCAUGUGGACAUGACGGGGCCCCAGGCCGAGGCAGGAAGAGGGGGUAGAGAGAAUGGGGGUCCCCGCCACAGCAGCAGAGCCCCAGCCCAAAGCAGCCAGGCCCAGGAGCUCCUCCAGCAGAACGGCAUGUGUCGGAGCCAGAGCAGCCUGUCUGCAGAUGGCCAGCCAGUAGAGGAGGGUGGUGGGGCCUUCGAGAAGCUCAACCCCUACCCAGCCCCCCCUCCGCCCCACCCCCUCUACCCCGGCCGCAAGGUGAUCGAGUUCUCUUCGGACGACAAGGUGAAGAUCCCCAAGAACAGCCCCCUGCCCAACUGCACCUACGCAACGCGCCAGGCCAUCUCCCUCAGCCUGGUGCAGAACGACGAGGAGAAUGAGCGCCAGCGCACUGUGCCCAACAGCCCCGCCGUGUCGGACGGGGGCUGGCGCUCUGGGGCUUCCUCCUCCUCAGGGGGAGGGGGGCAGCGUGACCCCUGCCGCACGCCUACUCAGCUGGACACAGCAGACCCCAUUUCCAGUCAGUCCAGCCCCUUCAGCAGCCCCCCUCAGCCCCCCAGUGCCUUCGCCAGCUCAGGCAGCUCCGAAGAGGACCUGCUGGCCAACUGGCAGCGCAUGUUUGUGGAAAAGAUGGCACCAUCCUCUGAGGGCACCCUGGUCAACCGCACCUCCUUCAGUAGCGAGACGGUCAAGGACCUGGAGAGGACCCAGACCAGCAAGCCAGGUGGCGGGGGGUCCCACAGGGGGGUGCUACGGGGAGCCUACUCGGAUGGGGAGGAGGGGUCCUCCACUCGCAGCUGGACAGCUAGCCAAGAGUCCAGCCUGGACACUGACACCAGCAGCAUGGCUGACCUCCGCAACAGGAGGGGGCAUUACGGAGCAGACGUCUCAACAGAGGAGAGCGAGCAGCUGCUGUUGGCCCUGGACAACGACCAAGAUGACGCCAGUGGCAACACCGUGUCAACGGCCAUCACUGUGGAGACCAGCCUGGCGGAGGCCAAGAGGAAUGCGUUUGUGGAGGAGACGGGGUCUGUAGGCAGCUCUGCAGAGGAGAGAGACAUCCUGCCACAUGACUUCCCUGUCAUAGUCCCCAGGGUCCUGGCAGGGCUAGAGGACUAUACAGAGAACACCCCUCCCCUCCCCGGCAACUCCUCCGCUUCCACCCCCAGCCGACCCCUGAAGAGCCCAAAGAGGAUGGGAGUCCACCACCUGCACCGCAAAGACAGCCUGACCCGGGCACAGGAGCAUGGUAACCUGCUGGACUGAGACUAGGGGACUUUCUCCUCUCACUUCAUCUGUCGUCUGACAGACUAACUCUUCUCUGCUCUGUGGACUCUUUAUCUUACCAACAAGGAAGGUUGAUUCAAGUCGACCAACAUACCUACGUGUUGGUCCUACCUUUGUCCGUGCUGCUGUCUAUCAUGAGUUUAGUCAGGAAAUACACACAUUCUCUACUAACCACAUUCAAGAGCUGAUUCUUUGAAGAUAUGUGCAACGCCUGGCUGCCAGUUGAAAGGCAAAGUUCACAGCGUUCCUUCUCUUGCCACUGUGAACUGUGAGCUGCAAACCCCUCCAGUAGCAGAACAAAGGGUCCUACAGGAGAUUUGUUUUCUCUGUCUCUCAAACACUCCGAACUGUUGCGGGAGGAGAAGGGCGACUCCAGGAUAUAGCCAUACCGUGUCAUUUCCUGUGUGUAAACCUCCAGCCAGUGUGUGUUUUCAUGGAACAGCCCAGAUGGAGCAAUGAUUCAGCUCAUCACUUGAGAUGAUCGUCGAUAUGCAGGACAGGAAAACAGACAAUAUGGAUGGAGCCGUUGCCUUCUCCCUCCUUUGUUCUCUUUUGCCCUGAAUUUUUGUUCCCCCCUAGAGAAAUGAUAUGUCAUGCAGGCAUCUGAUAACAUGAUAACUUUUCCUCCAUCGAUGAAUGGGGGAGAGGAUGAGCACUUGCAAGUGCAUGCUGUUGUCUGGGGUGGAUGGUGGACCGGACCCCCACACAGACUCUCAGUGCCUAUCCCUCUCUGUCUGAGGGGGUUUCUAACCCCCCAAUGCCCAGAAAGGAUCUGUUCUGAUCCCUCUCUGAAGCUCCUGCAGUGUGCGUGCACUGGUUUGUUGAGCACCCACUCUAAAGGGCUCUCUUCUCCAAAAUUGGUCCACCACGGGCACCCUUGAUUCCAGAAAUUCUAGAUCUCACUCCAAAGUUUAUUUUCUAGAUAACAAAAAUACAGUUUUCAUAGAUUUUUAAUUGUUUGAUUUUAUUUUGUAAUUCUAUUAUCCUAAGUGUUCACUUUGAUUAUUUCUUCAAUCACUUCUUCAUUCAAAUAAUUUAAAUGUUGGCCUUUUUAUUUUUAAGCGACCAUUUUAUGGCAGAGGUCUUAAUUAAACUAUUUAUAGAGGAAUUAUGACAAUGAUAAUCUAGAACAGUCAAAGUAUUUAUAUUCUCUGAGCUAUAGUAACCUACUAGUGGUGUAACGGUACACGUAUUUGUACCGGACCGGUUGGUACGGGGACCUCGGUUUGAUCCGCACUGUGUACCCAAAUGAAUACAUUAAAAAUAUAUAUAUAUAUAUAUACAAAAUAAAAACACUAGGCUAUGCCUACGCAGCGUUGUAUGCCUCUUGAGUAAAUCUGAGCUGUAAAAACAUGGCUAUUCCGUUAAAACAACUAGAGCCCAUGCGAACGUUGUAAUCAAAAUUCAAAUCUUAAUUAGCGCAUUUCAAACCGUCCGUUUGUGAGGCGCAGCCGGGAACUAGUUCUGUACGAUGGCGAGUUGGGGGGUCGAUAAACCAGGAGGAUUCUCCAUCAUCGUUUAAAUCUCCAGUUUUGGAAAAUGUUUGCUUCUUAGUAGAUUACAUUGGCGAUGGACAGAGAGUAUAUCGCUACUGCUCAACGAGAAUAGCCUAUGCAGCUGCCAACACCUCAAACAUGUUGACACAUUUAUGCCAACAUCACCCCAGCAUUCUUACCACCGCAGCAUGACGGAAACGCAACAAAAAAAAAAUACUUCGUCUCCCCUCUGCAUUCAAGAAACCCUUCACAGCUGAUUCUGACAGGACAAAGAAAUUACACGAGCGAUAGGCAUGUUUAUAGCCGUGGAUAUACGGCCAUUUUCGGUGUUUGAGAAAAUUAGGGGGGUUCAGCACCUCGUGAAAGUGCUCGAGCAACGUUACGGUCUUCGCCCUCUCGCACCCAUUUCAGCAAACAGGUAGUUAGUACCCGCUCUAUAUAAGCAAGCUAAAGCCGAAGUUGUCAAUGAAUUGGCCAAUCCACCCUGUGUUGCGCUUACUACAGAUGGAUCGACCUCCAGGGCUACAGAGCCCUACUUAAGUGACAGCCCAUCACAUUACCCCAGAGUGGGAAAUGAGAAGUACCGUGCUACAGACAGGCCCCCUUUGAGAGUCACACAAGUGUGCAUGUUUUUCUCUUUGUAAGAAAACCUUAUAGCAUAGGCCUAUACAAUGUCUGAGCCAAGUUUACAUAUUGAUUUUACAUGCAUAUUGCACUUUAUUUUAGUGUUGUUGAUGAGUAAUCGUGUGUUUUCAUUUAAGAAAAUACAAAGUGUUAUUCCUGAUUUGUGCUCUCAUCAGGCAUUAUAUGACUCAUGAUCAUAUAUGGAAUCAGGAAGACAACACUUUGUAUUUUCUUAAAUAAACAACAAUUUCAUUUCCCUGCUGUACCGAAACCGAACCAUGACCCCAAAACGGUGAUACGUACCAAACAAGGUUUGGUGAACCGUUACACCCCUAUAACCUACAGCUCUGUAUUCAGAGUGCAACGUCUGUCAUUGUUGUGUGUAACUAUCAUUUCCAUAACUAGAUAUGGAGAUGUAACAUUGACUCUAUAAUUGAAGAUCAUUUCACUUUUGUUCUGUUAUUGAUCUGUCAUUGGAUUUGGUCAUCACUGUAUUUUUUUUUCAAGAAACAAACAGGCUGAUAGUACUAUUGUUAACUCUACUGUACAUGGGGUAUUACAAAGAAAGACCCAUAUGGCAUGAAACAUGGUGUCAGUAUUUGUCGGCAGAACCAAGCCAUCCAUCUCCAGGCAUUUUCUGGGUGAAAGUAAUUAUCUUUGAAGAUGCCUUCAUUUCUCAUUGUGUACCACUUCUGUUGGCAAUGUAUUUGUAUCUCAUACAGCAACACACUACUGUAACAGCAACAGUAUGUGUCCAGAACAUCUAAGUGACAAGGAAUAAUCGAAGGCAAAAGGUCUGUAUGGUAUGAUGGCUGGUUGAUGAUGAGAUUUGUGGUAUUUUUACAGUUGACAAUAUCCUAACCAGGAAAGUAUUUUGAUUGGUUUAUUACUCAGUCUCAGUUGUGGGGGUUCACAGAGGAUGUCAUACUUGUAACUGUGUGAAGAGGAGAAGGAUUUGAUAUAUUUUCCUCUGUGUACAGCCAACCUUGUAUUUCAUCAGUUUGCUUAUCAGAUGUCCUCACUCCUAAAUGUUCUGGUCUAGAGAGUUCAGAUCAAUUGACAAAAUCCAAAGUUGUUUGAAUAUUUGGACCUUAAUAAUUAUAACACCUAAUAGGGAAUGUAAUCAUGGCUUGCAGUAUGUAGCGUUUAUUUUCACUGUAGAUCCUCUUUUUCAUCCACAUGCUUUUAUAUGGAUAGGGAAUAUUUAUUCAUUCAUCAAGAGAUUAUUAUUUUUGUGAUUUUAUGGAUUGAUUUUUGAUUUUGUGUGUACCUUUUGGAUUUUUCAUUUGGUCCAUUAUAUUCAAUUGACUUAGCGUUCUGUAUUCAGCCAUAUUGAUUUUAUGUGUUAAUUGUAAUUACAUUUGUUCAGCAUCAGACACUCCACUAUGUAGCGUUAGUACAUAAUAAGGAUGAUUUACUAAUGAAAAUAAGUGAUUUAUUUUUGUUGGCCUUUCUAACAGCUCUUUGAUUGUGUGGUUAUGAAGUCUCUGAUACAGUCCUACUGUUUUAUUGAUCCUAGAUUGACUGCUCAUAGUGGGAGCUCUGCAGUUGCUUUCGUUAUAAGGCAGUAAUCCAGGAUAAAGUCGCACGCCUCAUGCAGUGUUCUCAACCCUCAGACAUGCUCGUGUCCACAUGGUGUCAGUCAGAUUCGAAUCCCUCUGGUAUUAUUUGUUCAUGCCACCCUCUAUGGGCUGAUGACUGUGUAAUAUCAUUUCAAGUCCAUUGCCAGACAGUGCAUGCUGGAACACAGAAACCACCGGGGAAAAGAUUCCUCCUUGAUGUCCCUGUACAUGUAGAUGUGGGUUUCAGUCCCCCCUGUUAAAAUCUCUAUUCUUAGAACAACAAGUACAAGACACAUAUCAAGGAACUGGAAACAUUGUUCCAUUAAGUACUGUGCCACAGCCAGUUACUGGGGUCAUAUUUGAGAAGUGUAUUCCCUCCUGAGAGAGAUGAGUCACCAUAUCUCGGUAUAAAAGGCUCUCCACAUACUGUAUCCAUGUUGGAGGCUUUCUGCUGCACUCCUGGACCCUGAAUAAUUCAACUCCAUUUUCUUGUGUGACGGGCCGGGACGUGGGACUGAGGACGUCACUCCACCCUUUUACAGCCUCACACUUUUUUAAAACCGAUUUUAUUUUGCUUACAGUCUGCUUAUUGGUCUUUCCAUUAUGUCUAGAUGUGCUGUUAAUAGCCCAUAAUUAAUAGAGUUGUAACAACCCUUGGCUAAAUUAUUCAUGUUUUAUUACACUCAGAAAUAGGUCUCUAAUACUUCAAAAAGAGAAAGGAGGAAUGGUAGUCUGUCAUGGUCUUGAAACUGGAAAUGUACAUUUUAAAUAUUUAAUGGGCUCAUCAGAUGUACUGUAGACAAGGUUUUGUGCAAAUACAAAAAUCGAAAUGGGCAAAAAAAUAGGAUAAAAUUACUUAGCAUUAUAAAUAGGCCUUUACAUCUGGUCUCCUGCAACUUUAAUGACUCCUCUUUCAAGAAUAUAAUCUCCGCCCGACACAUCGCUUCUUUGAUCCAAGGUCACCUUCCCAGGAUGCUCCACUCAUGUGGAGCUUUUCAAAUUUAGUCUGAAAUGUUGAAAAAUGUCAGCUUCAUCACUCGUUUUAUCUGAUGCGGUGGAAUAAACACACUGGGCAUGAUGAUAAUCCCUCUGUGACGGUGACCUUUAACAGGUAGCUCAGUUACUUUUAAUGUGUAGGUUUUAGUCUGAGCGUGACUUAAACAGCCAGUCACAGUUGUUCAUAGGAGCCUUGUCUCCAAUACAGUAUUUACACAGUGCCAGGGAUUUAUUGGAAAUAUUGAUAUUUGACUAACUGGAGCGUAAAUUAUGACAUUAUGCAAUUAGAAAACCCUGGCUCUACAUAUGAAUACAGAGGCAGAUUUUAUAGUGUAAUAUCCCACACAGGCGGAGUAAUCAUACAUUCUGAGCUUGGAGUUGCAUUUGUGCUGUGUCUCAGCAUGCAUUUCUGCCAGGUGACAGCCAGUCCCUGCCCAAGGGCGGUGUUAUUGCAAUGAGAUGGUUCAGGAAUACUAAUAUAGAUGCUGUCACUGUCUUGUCACAUCAAUGUAUGCAUCCUUUUAUGAUGUUCAGUUGUUGAAUUAUCCCAUGUUAUAUACUCUCAAAUACACAUGCCUUAAUUCAGCACUUUUAUUUGGCUGCAGGUGCAAUUUUAAAGUAUAUGAAAUGAUGUCUCCAGUGUUAGUGUGAUUGUGCUUAGUGGGGAUUAAUACUGUUAUACCUAUAAUUUGGAAAUUUGAUUCUAGGGGACACACUGCAGUCUGUGGUACCUGAUGUUUGCCAUUACGAGGAGGCUGUUGGUCCCAAGUCCAGGCUAUUGACUCACCCUGACCCUGAAGCCAGUUAUGUUGCUAGGUUCAUUCACACAAACCCUGUCUACCAGUAUUGCAUGGAGUUAAGUGGCAAUCAGAUUAUUCUCUCAUCCUGAGAAAAGUGUGCUCCGUUAUGUUUUAUUUGGUUGCAUAUUCAUCACUCCUGAUGCAGUGUCUGUUCAUUCAUAGCUUUUCUAGAUUUCCUUUCAUUUGUGUGUAAGCGUAAGCUUCCAUAGUCAUGUAGUUGUCAUGUGCAUUCUUUUUUCUCUGUAAAAAAAUUACUUCAAAAAUACAAAAUUA